UCUCUCUCUCUCUCCCAGCCCUGAGCUUUCAGCUUGUUCUUUGGGAUCCUUGUCCACAAUGGACCGCUCCCAAUUGGGCUCGGUGGCCUUCCUGCUCUGCCUGAUUUGGGCGGCACACAGAAGCCUCGCCACAGCUAGCCGGGCACCCCAGGAGUUUCCUUUCAAGCACGCCUACCAGGCGCACGAGAAAGAGCUGCUGGAUGAACUUCAGGAGGUGCUGGAGAAGCUGCAACAUAAGAAGGUUUCCACUUGGGAGAAGAAAUUCAACCAAGUUCCCAAGUGUUCCUUCGGUGACCUGUGUGCCGUCAGGAAAGGCGCCCGGAUUGGCAAGCUCUGCAACUGCCCCCGCGGAUCCGCCUGCAAUGCUUUCCUCCUCAAGUGCUUGUGAAAUUAUGGGAUUUCGUGCCACAUUUUCCCUCCCCACCUGUGUCGGCGACUUCCAGCUUCUUGCCUCA